UUGUAUGGGUGAGACAUGUAACAUUCUUGGCGAUGGGACAAGGCGUGACAUCCGAACCCAUGGAAUCUGGUGGGUGUGAGUGAAAUUAACAACAAAAGCAUGCAGCACGAGCUUCUUGCGGCUACGUCUUCGCGAGCAGACGACAUUCCGGCAGACGACAUCUGUAUCGGAGACGGCUGUGCUGCGGGCAUAUUUCAAUCCAGAGUGAUUGUAAUUGCAUAGUUUACCGUACAUGGAUGAACGUCCAAGCCUUGGAAAUGUUGUCUAAGAAGUCAGAGCAAACAGGCGCAAGUCAACCAUAUCACCUUCACAAAAUAUAUCGGUGAUCCCCAGCCUUCUCUAUGGUGAAGAAGAAAGAGGCAUUGACGUUCUAUUGUGUUUCCGCUCCUCUAUGGGUAAUUACGUUUUAGAGGACCGAAUUUAAACUGUGACUGACAUAGCGAUGCAUUAUUCCAAGUAAGUCAACUUGAACCAAAUACCUCUUUCACCUAAACCGCCUUUAACGUGUUUAUCGUUUACUUAUGAGCGAUACCAGCAUUUCCCGACCGAGUUCAUGCUUGAAGGCCAGAGUAUAACUGAUGGUUGAAUAGACGAUUUUUUUCGCCCGAUUAAAUACCAAGAACAGGUCAAGGAUUCAAACAGGUUCACAUGCCAUAUUGUAUAAGACGAGCAACAUGCUACACUGCGAGCUACAGAAAGAUGGUCUCCAACAUCAGGUUGUUUUAACAGACACAGAGUUUAUAUACAGAGUUAAACCCAGAAAUGAAAAGGAGGCAGAAAAUGGCUUCACGAACAUCUGGAAUAUGGGUAGUAUACCCCUUGACUGGAUGUUGGCCGUCAGCAAGAGGGUCAAGCAGUUGAAGGAAAACCAGGAUUCAUUCACCAUUCAUUACGUUUCCAAAACCGGAAGUUGUACCCUUAACGCCAAGAAGGUCAAGUUCAAGGGCGAUGAAAAGACCUGCUCGGUUAUCAGAGAAAAAUUGAGAGAUUUUGUCAAUAAACGCCAUCCAAUCCGGAAGUUCCUGGUACUCAUCAACCCCGUGAGCGGCAAGAGGAACGCGAGGACCAUAUUCAGGCGUAACGUGGAGCCUGUUCUGACGUUGUGUGGAGUUCUUACCGAAGUUGUAGUGACGGAGAGGCCAAAACAUGCUGAGGAAAUAUUGAAGAAGAGGGAUCUUUCCGAUUUUGAAGGAGUGAUCGCUGUGGGUGGAGACGGAUUCUACAGCGAGUGUGUGACAGGGCUUCUGGUCAGAGCUCAGUUCAGGGCCAGGAUUGACCACAAUGACCCGGAGUCGGUCAUCACACCUGCAUCUCUCCCUGUGGGCAUCAUACCAGCAGGUUCGGGUGACUACAUCGUGCAGUACCUCCACGGAACCAGGGACCCAACCACAGCAGCUGUACACAUAGCUCUAGGGAAAUAUCAAAAUGCCAACGUUGUCAGUAUUUUCAAGGGCAGACAACUGUGUUGUUAUUCUGGGCUGCUGUUAGGGUUUGGUUUGAUUGGGGACAUCAUGAAUGACCUUGAAGGGUACCGGUGGAUGGGGUCAGCAAGAUUCAAGAUUAUACCCACUAGGUCUGUGAUGAACAGGCGGAUGUUUGACAUCGAAAUGGACUACUUAACUGACACGUGGCAGACGUUGAGUCACAGUGUUUAUGGAAUUGACACUUACGUCAUAACAUGGCGGCCAGAGAAAUCCAAGAUGGCGGCAUGUUUUGGUGACAACGCGCUUUCUAUGUACAUCACCGGCAAAUGCAAGCUAUCCGACCACAUGAAACAACUAAGAAAGGUCCAACUUCAAACAAAAGAUUGUUGGGAUUAUGACUUCGUGGAUGAGCUCCGGGUCCAGGGAUUCCGAGUUCGAUUCCCAAACACUCCCCAGCGACAGACGCCGGAGGGUGAGACCACGCUGACAGACAACUACUACCUCAACUGCGACGGCGAGGUGGUCACCAUCGACAGGCCGGAGUUUGAAGUCAGGUUGCACCAUAACGUGGUGUCACUGUUUGGAGACAGCGCCGUGCGCGACAUGAACAACAACUUUGUAUGGUACAAUUCUAAAGAGAUUACAGCGCUUUGAUGCAAUAACCCAGCCAAAGGCGAAGAUGGAAGAUUCAACUAUUGUGCCAUACCCGUUCUCGAGGGUUUCACCAAAGUUUUCAACGCCUAAUAUAACUGAAAAACUGUUUAAAGCGGCAUUAAACUCUGUUCCUGACUCAAUUUUUGAUACCAAGAGUAUGACAUCACUGAAUCUCAAGGCUUCAAGGACAUCAUCUACUCAACCUACAUAACAACAGUCAUGCUGCAUCUGUAAAUGUGUAAAAAAUUAAGUGAUUCUUGUAACUGCUCCUUGAGUAGUGUUGCAGGUCAGGUGCACAAUAAAUCAUACCAGGGUAUUGGAUAUUUUCUCACUGAACCUACA